AUGCCUCAAGCCUCAGCACUGGACAACCCAGCCGCACAGGGCGCCCCAUACUACACGCCCGCCCAAACACCACCCUCAGGUACAUCAACAACCAAAAACCCACCAACCCUCUUCCAACCCCUCAAAAUUCGAGGCACAACCUUCCAAAACCGACUCUUCCUCGCCCCACUAUGCCAAUACUCCGCGUCCAACGGGCACGCCACAGACUGGCACCUGACACACCUGGGCGGGAUAAUGCAGCGCGGGCCCGGCCUCUCGAUAAUGGAAUCCACGGCCGUCCAAAAAGAAGGCCGCAUCACGCCCCAAGAUAUCGGACUGUGGCAAGAUAGCCAAAUCGAGCCGCUGGCACGCAUUGUGCAGUUUGCGCACAGCCAAGGCCAGAAGAUUGGGAUCCAACUUAGCCAUGCGGGCCGGAAAGCUAGUACCGUUGCGCCGUUUGUUUCGAUGAAUGCGACGGCUGGUAAGGAUGUGGGCGGGUGGCCUGGGGAUGUUUGGGGCCCGUCUGCGAUUCGUUUCAAUGAAGAGUAUCCUGAGACGAGGGAGAUGGGGAUUGAGCAGAUUGAGGAGUUCAAGAGGGCGUUUGUUGCUGCUGCUAAGAGGUCUGUGCGGGCUGGGUUUGAUGUUGUGGAGAUUCAUGCUGCGCAUGGGUAUUUGAUUCAUCAAUUCUUGAGCCCAAUUAGCAACAAGCGCACCGAUGCUUAUGGUGGAUGCUGGGAGAAUAGGACGAGGUUGGUGUUGGAGAUUGUUGAUCUUGUUCGUCAGGCAAUUCCGGAGACUAUGCCGCUAUUCCUGCGGAUUAGUGCGACGGAUUGGUUUGAUCAUUUGGUUGACGAGUUUGAGAGUUGGACGGUUGCUGAUAGUGUGAGGCUUGCGCCUAUUCUUGCGAGGAGAGGUGUGGACUUUUUGGAUGUUAGUUCUGGCGGUGUGCAUCCCAUGCAGUCAACGAGUAUCAAGUCUGGGCCAGGAUAUCAGGCGCCUUUUGCGCUUGAGAUCAAGAAGGCAGUUGGUGAUCAAAUGAUUGUCUCGGCUGUUGGUGGGAUCAAGACUGCUCAGCUUGCUCAGCAGCUUCUUGACGAUGGACUGGAUGUUGUGAUGUGUGGACGGUGGUUCCAGAAGAAUCCUGGUUUGGUGUAUGCGUUUGCGGACGAGCUUGAGGUCGAUGUGAAGAUGGCAAACCAGAUCGCCUGGGGGUUCAAGGGGCGGGCGCGGAAGCAGAACGAAGAAUGA